ACGAUGUGCAGUAACGAGCAGAGGUUGGUGCCCUACGGCUUCAAACCGCCGGCGAUCAGUGAGCCUCUCCUGUACAACCCAAUGCUACGGCACACGAUUCCGCAGGCUGCGUUCGACUACCAGCGCGUGCAGCUGUACGACUAUACGACGCGGCUACGCUAUGGAUUCUCCUUUCCACCGACGAUGCACCCGUACGCGUCGCAGCGGCAGGACUACGGAAUGCUUGGCAUCGCCGCGCACGAUCAUCGCGCUCGAUUCCUGCACGAGGAACCAAAGCCGAGCCACAGCUACAUCGGCCUGAUAGGUAUGGGCAUUAUGGGCAAUCCGGAGAAGAAAAUGGUGCUCAGCGAUAUCUACCAGUACAUACUCGACAACUACCCGUACUUUCGCGCGCGCGGUCCCGGCUGGCGGAAUAGCAUUCGACACAACCUGUCGCUCAACGAUUGCUUCAUCAAGGCGGGCCGAAGCGCCAACGGUAAGGGUCACUACUGGGCGAUACACCCGGCGAACAUCGAAGAUUUCGCACGGGGCGACUUUCGUCGGCGUCGGGCGCAGCGGAAGGUUCGCAAGCACAUGGGACUGUCGGUUCCGGACGACGACGAGGACGACAGUCCGCCGCCGGGCCCGACGUCACCGACAAUACUCGAAUGGAAGAAGAAAAUGGAGGAGUACUUACACCUGAGCAACAACGCGCCAUCGAGCAGCGGCAACGGGACGGCAGCAGCGGCGAGGGUGGCCGAGAAGGCAGACGCAGAGCAGAGCGACGGCAGCAUGCAGAACUCACCGCCUGCUUGUUCUCCGGGUGCCAUACAGCACACGGCAUCGACGGCAUCGACGGCAUCGACGGCGGCUCCGGCGGCGGCGGCUCCCGCGAACAGAAAGAGACUCUUCGACAUGGACAGCCUUCUGGCGCCCGAGCACGACCGUAAGAGCUCGCACCUCGACGCGAAGCUAGCGGACAGCGGUCAGCAGCGGCGAGAUAGCUCGCCGGAGCUUGCCAUCGACUGCACGAUGGACGGCGCGACGUUCACAUCCGGCAGGUCUCGCGGCGACGCCGUGCCCGUCAUUCGACCGACGGUGCUCUCUUACGACGCCGGUCACGUCGUCUGGUCGCCACCGAUCCCCACCGGCCUGUGGCACGCGACCAGCAGCGCCUUUACGUCGCUCUGGAGAACCCCAGCGUCGACUCAUGGCUAUCCGCCGACGUCGGCGGCGCCGACCGGCAGUCCGCAAGCGCUCGACGCAUCCGUGACGGCCGCCGAGAAAUGGCAGGAGACGUUCAAUAAGAUACUGGCGCGUUCCUACGGCAAUACUGCGAAUGGCGGCGUCGGCAAGCACGUGAAAAUCGAAACGACCGGAGCGGCGGCGGAGUCGAAUUAGCGACGGGUAUACCCGCGUGCAGACGAUGACUGCAGGCGGAGACUGCAAAUGCUGACUGUGACUACGGCAAGCGACGUCGCCUCUCGUCGCUACCUGAUCGAGACGUAGGUAAACGCGUGCAGGCGGCCCUUCUUUCGGUUGUAAUUCUCUAUCGAUGGUAUACCUUGCGUCGGCGUAGCGGUCCAUAUGACUAAGCGCGUUCGCGUGAAACUGUGAUCUGUUUAACAGUAUUACUAAGAUACCUGGCGUGUUGCUAAUGUCCGGUGCCGGCAAGAUACGGCCGGGGAUCCGUUUAUGAUAUAUACACGGUAAAGCGUUCGUCAACAUCCAUAUUAUCUAUUAAUAAGCCUAGCAGCGCAGGCACGGGCUCAGAGACACACACAAUCACACAAACCAGAUCACGCACGCAUGCACGCACACG